GGCUGCCUGGUCACGCAGCGAGACGGACCUGAGGAUCGCACAUGUCAUCGGAGCCUGGAGGGAGAUCGGGAAUCUCCAGCUGUGCUCUUCCAGCUCCCAAACCGACCCAACUCGACAGAUUUCGCGCCUAAGUAGCCAGGACCAGGUGCCGUUGAUAUCUGCUAGUUUGACUCCCAAGCGCUGUGGUCUUGACGUGAUCCGGGCCUACCUCACUUUUUAUAUUUGAACCACCCUCUCCUGCUGAGCCUCUACACCUGAGCCCUUCUCGCAUCUUCGGCUCUCCAAGGCACAAAACUUUCCCAAAGCCUUGCCAAAGGACCGCAACGGAAAAAGGGCCUUCGACAACACAUACCACGACGACACCACUCCCCGUCACAGAUCAACCAAGGGACAUGACCUAAAACAUUUCGCCAUGCUGACACCAUGCAUCACUCAGCCGGUGGAUUACCUAUACGCCCUCGGUAACACGCCGGCCAUCAACGUUGCCAGGGCUGUCCCACCUGGUGUCAACGCCGACAUCUUGCUCCUCGGCUGCGGCGAUGUUCGCAACCUGCUGUACACGGCCUACGCCGAGAAGGGAAUGCCGCCGAGGAAGCUGGACGUCACCUGCUGUGAUUCCAACGACUUCAUCCUUGCCAGGAACGCCAUAUUUCUCUCGUUCCUCGUUGAUGGUAUCCGACCUGGGCAAUACUCGAAGCUGCGGAGCCUCUACUACGAUCUCUUUGUCGACGAGGCCGUCAUCGAGCUCUUUCGCACGCACCUGCACAAACUGGCCGAGGCUGCGGGAUCGUGGGAGACCUGGAAUGGCGGCCCAUAUGGAUCCGUGAUAAAGUUCGCCGAUCACCACACCUUCCUCAUAUUCCGUCGCAUCCUCUCGAAGCUCUCCUAUGCUGCCUCCACCGACGGCAUCGCCUCCAACUUUAACAAAUACCAGGCCAGCUUGAUGGCCACCUGGCGCGAGAUGCGGGGAAAUACGGGCGUGCAGGGCUCCGUCAUCACUGCGCUGCGGUCCGCCGCGCCUCUGUCCCUCCGUCUCAGCGACGAGUCCAUCGCGAGCGACGUCACGGUCUCGUACAACCAGUAUUGGAACAAUGCCAUGGAUUCUCCACCGACCGACCGUGCAAACCCGCUCUUCGCCCUUCCCCUCGUUCGCGGCGAGUCUGUGCUGCACUCUGGAACCGACCCGGUCGCCGGCUUCCAUCUGGCCACGGCCUUCGCGCCACUUAUGCCUGGCUCACCCGUCAGAAUGGAUUCGGCCGCGCGGCAUAGCAUCCCCAAGUCCAAGUGGGCAAUGCAAGAGCUGUUCCGCGAAUGGACCCAGGCCCUCCAGGAGACCAUCAGCCAUGGCCGCUUCGUCGUCAGGCUCGUGUCGACUGAUGCUCUCAGCUUGUGCCACACGCUGCGAUACUGCGCGGCCAAGGACCCUGAGCGCCCUUCGGCCGGGCUCUACCGACGCCAGCUCAGCGCGCAGGCCCUCGAGCUCGACCAAGGCCAGUACGGAGGGGCGGCGAAGGACACUGCCGCGCCCGUCACGUUCGACGCCAUCGACUCGUCAAACCUGGCAGACUCGCUCGGCGCCUUCAACAUCCUCUUCUCGGCGGGGCCGCUCCUCAAGCCUGCCCCCUGGGCCGCGCUGUCCACCGAGAUGCUUAGGAGCCCCGAGGUGGACGAGCGCGAGUCCUUUGCCAAGCUCCUGCCGGGAGGCACUCUGACCCUGGCCCAUAUUCUGGGCUUCACCGUCGCCGAGUACUGGACCAACACGACUACGGCUGGCGGUGGGCUCGAGGUCAUUGGCUCGAUGCUGAAGGGGAGUGAUGGUGGUCCCGCCCGCAUGUUCCCAGGGCGCAUGACCUGGGUGCCAGAUACGCAGCUCUCGGGGCUUGGAAACACCGCGCCCAGCCGUCUCAAGCUUGACACCGACACGGCCAUUGGCAUCACCGGGCGCGUGUACGCAGACAUGUUCGACGCAGAGAAUGUCAAGACCCUUAUGCGCUCCACGGCAGAUCAGACACUGCCGCGGAGGGGCGGCAUGCCGCAGUCGCACCGGGGAACCUUUGUGGCCCUCUUGAAAGCGCUCAUGUCCACGGUCGACACGGACUGGGAUGCUGUCAACAGGGCGCUCAUCGAAAAGAACUACAGCGACACGGCCAUCAUAAUGGGCAACAACUACGGCCAGGAACUCGUCACGCUCAUGCACCUACACGGCGUCUUUACGGAGCAGUGGCUGUUGAGCGAAGUGAAGACCGACCCCCAGCACAGUCCUGCACGCUACCAGAAGUGGGCGCGCAUCCCGGAGAUCAUGGCCGUGACCUUGGUCGUGCCACUUGAGGCUGUGAAGAAGACGUUCCUCGUCGCUGCAGGCGCUCGUCCCGCGCUCUCGUUUCAAGUGACGCUCAAGUCCAGCCGGGGUGCCUGGGUUAAUUAUUUCGGAUGUGCGCAGAUGAGCAUCGGCACCGUUGAGGCGCAAGGCUCACCGCAAUCGGAGGACUUCAAGGUCAGCGUCAAGGAGGAUAGAAACGGCUGGACAGGCAACUCGCCGGUCGUUGUGUCCUUCUACUGCCCGACGUCGGCCCUCCAGGUCGAGCCCACCUCAGCCCUCAUCAGUCUUGAUGUCCAGCCGACGCUUCAAGCCAUCAGGAUGCUCAACGGCCGUCCAGGGAACCCGAAGAUGGUUUUCCAAACCAACCUCUGCGACAGCUCUGCCGUGUUCUUCUCGAGGUAUCUGCCGGGACACUCGUCGUACCCUAUUGUCUCUACGUACAAGGAGCCUGCUGGCGAUUCUCGGUCCGACAAGCCCUCGAGUCUCUCCAUGGACGCCGCGACUGGUGAAAUAGCAGCUCUGACUGGACGUGUCGACAUCACGGACGAGGAGGGCAGGAAGCUUCUCGCGGACAAAGUGCCCAUACAGCUGCGACAGACAUCUCCCUUUAUCAUCGAGGUCGUGUUCGGAGAUGACGACCUAGUCUACCCGCUCCAUUUUAAACUUCCUGUAGAAAAUCAAGGCUCCCGGACCAGAAUCGCCAGGACCUCGGGUUACGUCGAGGUGGUCGCACCGCUGGCCAAGCCAACCGAGUCGGAGCAUCUCCAGGGCUUCAUGCACCCAAUGGCGAUAGCCGCCCGGGCGAGCGAGGAAGAGGAUGUCACCACUGUGCCCUCCGUUCUCUCGUCCACUCUCCCAUAUGUCAACCUCGACAUGCUGCCCAGCUUGGUCGUGUCGUCUCAAGACAAGCAACCGAUUAGGUGGCUUACAACUCUAGCCUCGCACAUAUUCAGCAACCGCGAGCGCCGGAUCCGCGAGCAGGUCCAGAACAGCGACAUCACAGACGCCUUGAAGCUCACGCCUGCCGGCACUGCCAGGACCAACUUCAAGGAAUCGCUCUUCAGCAUGUUCAUGGUCGCCUCGGGCCUGCAGGGCGGUCAGACGGGCCUCUUCGCGCUCGAGAAGCCUGACAGCGCCGGCGGCGGCAACGCGGGGGUGCAGAUGCUGGUCGUGGUCUCGGCCCUGCGGCUCGACUGCGCCGGCGGCACCGUCAUCGCAGACGCGGCGGUCCUGCCGCUAACGCGGUCCCUGCUGGCGGGCGACGCGGACCUCCGCGCCUUCCUCGCGCUCUCGCAGUCGUUUGAGGUCUGCUACCUCAAGGUCGACGACGCCGAGCUGGCGCUCUGGCGCCGCGCCCUGCCCGCCAUGGCCGAGCGGUGCCGCACCUGGGAGCACGACGCCGCGGCGGGCGCGUGCGAGUACGGCGCCGCCGGCGUGUCGUUGCCCCUGCCCGAGGAGGGCGGUGUCGGCGUCCCCGGCGGCAGCCCCGUCUUUUGCUCGUGCGGCCGCGGCCGCCUGCCCGCCGACUUUGUGUCCAUCCCCCAGUGGGACGAGGCGGCCCGGCCGCACGCCACACGCGUCGCCCUCGGCCUCGUCUUCGCGGCGCCCUUUGUCGAGGAGGUCGUCGACCAGGUCGCCCUGGCCGAGCUCCGGGCCAUACGGGACGGGGAUCAUCAUCCCCCGGCGCCCGGCCCUUCUGCUGCCUCUAGCGACGGCCCAGGCGAGGGCAGCAGUGGCGGCGGCGUCACCUCGGCCGCGAGGCAUGCGUUGCCGGACUCGGACAGGUGCCUGACGUGCGGCGCCCUGGACGGGUCGCCCGUCGCGUCCUCGCCGUCCCCGCUCCCCAGCGCCGCCGAUGUCGUGAGCCUCAGUAGGUGCAACGGCUGCAGGCGCGCAAAGUACUGCUCCAGGGACUGCCAGCGCAAGGACUGGAAGCGCCACAAGCCCGAGUGUGUCCCUGACGUCCUCGGGUCUACCAUCUAGAGCCCGCCAAUUCUGGCUGCUAGAGUGGGCGGUGUCUUGGCCGCCGUUUGUGUUAGCUUUCUGCCUUUUUUCCUCCCUUGUUCUGACGGGUCCCCCUUGGCCGACAUAAGCAACGUGUACCCGGCAUAGGCGAUAUGUUUUUGCUGUCGUCCGCUAUUUGUUUCGUUCUGCAGGAUCGGGCGCGGAAGCCAAUGGUCUAGCGGAGAGGGCUGCGUGCUUGCACCGUUUCCACUUUGCGCCUAGUCGGAAUCUGUAGGAACUUAUUCUUGGCGAAAUGUUUGACAUUGGUCUUUGUUUGCCUACCACUUCGAUAAUGGACGACAUGGGUGGAGCGUCACGGAAGGGUCUUAGGGAAAGGAAGGAGUUGUAGUCAAGGGAUGAAAAUGAUGAUACGGUAGCGAAUAUGAUUCCCUAGUCUCACUCAUGUUGGGUUGCGGUGUGGAUCGAUAGCAACAGCAGGACUCUCUGUAACCGAAUCGCACAUGUCUGAGAGAUUAUUUCGUGUCAUUAUCAUGCUUCAUUGCUCAGGCAAGGGCAAGCAGCUCACGCUCGCGUUGGCAGACAGAACACCUCGUGAUAUAAAGGUGAUGGAAUAGCAAUACAAGCGACAUACCGACCA